AUGCUAUUUCGUGGUUUUCUUUCCGCGGGUAGUAUUCGUUCAGCGUCUUCGAAGAUCUUUUCCCGCUGUAAGCACAGUUUUAUCUCCAACCCUUUUGAUGUGAAAUUUAUAGACUUUGUUUGUUGGUUUUUUUGCGAACCCUUCGCUUUGUAUACGUAUGUUAUAUUUCUCGUCGAAAUUAGCCUGUGUUUGCUUAGUGGUUGGUAGAUCCAGCCUUUACAAUUGUUGGGUGCACAAACGACUUCACGGCGAGCCCGAAAUUCAGGCCGUCGGGCACUGAACAUUUUCAAGGAGGUCAAAGCCACACACAGGGCUGAUGAGCGCCACUUGAUUUGCGUUAGACAAAUUCUGUGUCGCCCUUGGAUGGGGAAGAAUGUAUGCCUUUACAGUCGCCUGUAGGGUUUGUCCUGGAGGUUGCAGUUUCCUGACAUAAGUGAUUUAUUGGUCCGCGGCGGAUUUAUUUUCCACUCGCAUCCCGUACGAAAUUUGGUUUUCAGGUCGGAAUGCUGGCCGCUUGCAAUCAAAUGCACAACCCAUCCAAACUUUCAAUUUUGAUGAAUUCUGCAUCCUUACAGUGGGCAAUUCCUGUUUGAUGAUUAUUUUCUUAAGUCCUGGCUCUCCUGCCCGGGUCUCACCAAACAAGGCAAGUAUCGUGUUCUAGCUCAAUAAUUUCUAUGAUCCGGCUUCGGCAGAAAGAUCACAGGAGAAAAUGCCAGACCCUCUGGUUGACCGAACGAACUGGUCUGCCUUCGCAUAAUCGUGGCCGAUGACACAGACCAAUCUUGUUUGGUUUACGGUAUGCAAAAACGUGCACUCAUGUAGCUGUCAUAAUUAACCUAAGGCACCAAUGUUAGCUUGAAAACUAGAUCUUACCUGAAUUUAUUCACCCGUCGAUUGUUUUGGAACUAAAUGUGACCCGCGGAUACCUGACCUUACGUACAUGGUUACCCUGGAGGACAGCAUUACAACAGGUUACAAAUCUUGUGUCGACACUCUGGCACUCUUGGUUCAUGAUGUAGUUGGGAUUGGCUAAAAAAUUGAGAUCAUCCCUGAUGACUGGGCUAGGCCAUCCUCUUGGUUUUCUUCAACAAAUAUAAGACUAAGUUUAGGAAAUUCCAUGUAUGUAUGUAUGUAUGCACACGGCACAUUAUCGAUGACCGCCAUGGCUGCCCACAGUCGAUGGCCGUCCUCCUUGUUGACUUUGGUACUUUGCGUGAUUCCAUACGCCGUGACUAUACCGGAUAAUGGAGCCGGGUAGUGCGUGGUGCUAAAUUAUCGGCGAUAAAGGCGUUAAAUCGUCUCAUCGUUGUGUGUGCACUCGUACGCACCAAGUUUUCAAUAUUCGGUCUACCGUCCUACGCAGCUGUAUCCUGUGGUUUGUCUUAUUUAACUCCGUCGUUAACUGGCGUCUGAGAACGAUAUCAUAUAGUUUUGAAGGUGUCUUCCUGACACCAGGAUGCUGAACUACUGACAUUGACUACGCUGAUGAUAUCUUCCUUCAGUCGUUAAGCCGUUCUGGCCUACAGAUUAUAGUGUCCAAGACGGUUGAGGCCAUUAAUUCUAUCAUUUUAUCCAUCAACGCGGCGAGGACAAAGGUUUUUGCGACUUGUAUCUCUGGUCAGAAAGUACCCUUCGGGAUUGACGCCUGAUAGAGUGAAGAAGUAGAUGCUUUUAAUUAUCCGGAGGCUUAGCUGCUGACAUAUAGGACGUGAGUGACACUGUUGCCCUAGUCGCUGCUGUUCACACGGUUUUUGCAAGCGUUUGAAGGUGAUUGUGAACCGUCGCGAUGUCGGAAUCGUCACAAGGGUACGCGUGUCCCAGGCAUCUUUUCAGUAAGUACUCUUACGUGAUUGUGCAUUCUGGACUAUGGGAGCAUAUAAGAUUGAAAAGUUGUGACUUCGAUCGCAGUCACCUUAAACCACUCCUUGAGUGGAGUUCAGUCAAUUUUUUCGAACGUCACAGUUCGUUGUCUCUGCGGCUACACCACGUAAAUAUCUCGGACUACCCAAGAACGACAACUAAGGUGACUUGAGCACGUUUUCGUCGCCCAUUACGUGGGCGUGGUGUUCCGCCUCGUACCCGAAACCGCUGCCCACCUCGAGACGAUGAACAGGUUAAUUCAAAACCCCGAUUCGGUACAGUCAGUGAAAACGUCGAGCUAGUUUGUUGCCUUUCAAUAUUGGGUCUUCGCCGCCAUGGAAGAGAGUGACCAAGCCUUCUAGAUCUUUGCAUGGAUGAGUGCCAUCCCUGAAUUUAUCGAGACCAUCUAGAUCAGACAUGAUCUCAACCUUGCGUGCAUAAUAUAAGUCAGUUUAUAUUCGCUAUCCUUGGUCGAGUGAAAACUCCAUAAUUCUGCUGAGAUUUCUUACCAACUGUUUGAAGCAGUUUGGCGUAAGUCUAGGAUAAUUUGUUGUCAGGAUUAGUGUAAUGUCAUCGCGCUGGCGCUUCUUAUCUCCCCCUCUAGGGUUAAAUGGGCUUCCCGGUCUAUCUUUUCUUCUUAAAGUCGUUCAUAUGUCAGCUACGACACUAUCCCUGCUUCUUAAAGUAUUUUACGUUUGUGACCUUAUCUCCUUCAGAUCUCAGAAUGACUGCUGAAAGGCCAGUCGGUCGGCAGAUCUCCGCCUUCUUCAAUCCAGCUGAUCAUGGACUGCGAAAAGACUUUCGGCUGACCUCAUUCUCUCUUCUCAGAGGAUGAGGCUGCAAGUUGCCUCAAGUGGAGCUAAAUGCUCUUCUUGAGAAACUAGCGGGUUGCUCCAAAACCACCACCUCACCUCCCUCCUGCCCCCAUCCAUCUGCAAAACCCCUUCUCUGUGAGUUGCUUCCGCCUCAUACUGACAAGUCAUCUUUGUUCUAGCCACUGAACUCGACUGCUGUGUGAUUCCCCUCCGCGAUAACCUAAAACUCAUCCAAACCACCGACUUCUUUUACGCCAACGUUGAUGACCCCUACACCAUGGUAGAUGGGCUUAUAUGAGUGUCCCACUAACUGUCACUAUGUGUAGGGCUGGAUAACCUGUUGCAAUGUACUUAGUGACCUCUACGCAAUGGGUGUGGUCGACUGUGAUAACCUCCUCCUCCUUUUGGGUGUGCCCACGGAAAUGAGCCCCGAAGAGCGGAACAUUGUUAAUGAACUACUGAUGAGGGGCUUCCAGGUUUGCCUUAUGAAUUCGUUGUGCAUUCUGGAACCUAUUUUCUUUACAGGAGUGCGCAGCAAAGGCCGGGACUUCCGUGCGCGGCGGACAGACGGUGUACAACCCAUGGCUCCUGAUUGGCGGAGUGGCAACCUCUGUUCUUCCAGAUUCCGAUUUUAUCAUGUAAGUUGAUAAUCGCCUUCCCGCUCCCUCCCCCCUCCCCCAUAAAUGAUUUUCUGUUGGAUUUUCACUUUGGUGAGCAAAGUUGUCGCUGUUGUGCAGAGGAGAUUCUCUCCCCAGAAUUAGAAAUCUUCUAAAUAGCUGGUCGUGAUAAUCACUUAAAGUUUCUAGGAGAGCCCCGAAAGUUCUGAUAUGCGCACUCUGGGGGUACUUGACGUAGUUCCCUUAGAAAUUGUUAGGUCAUAGCCGGAUUAGCCUCAUGCUACCGAAUUCUGAAUAUUCGACCUCAUCCCGGAAAUAUAUGAUUCUUUAUUCCGUGUCAAAGUAGCCUGAUUUAUUUCCGUAGAAAGACCGGUAGACGUUUUCUUCACUUUUUCGACAGCCUGCUAAUACUCUCGAUUACCCCACUUCGAGUGAACUGCACAAACUUCGUCUCACACAAAGGGGCUCACAUCUGCUAUAACCACGAAAAUAUCCACAGCUAUACCCUACGUAGGCAUUGCACUUUACUUCUGUUUUCAGGCCAAACCAGGCGGAAGCAGACAGUGUCCUAGUGCUCACUAAGCCCCUCGGCACUCAACUGGCAGUGAAUGGCUACAAUUGGAUGCAGGACUCCUCCAACGUUUGGAAGGAGAAACUGGCCUCCCGCAUCUCCACCGAGGACCUCAAAAGUCUCUAUAAGGCUGCCACCUUCUCAAUGGCUCGUCUAAAUCGGAACGGUAAGUUUGUGCCGAGUUGCUUCUGCUCCGCUCGACCGACUGCGCUAAGUGCUUCCAUGGUCGAGAAACAGACACAGCUCAUGAGUGAUGCCACCUAGUCACGGGCUCUGUACCCCAUUUGUCAGGUCCAGCUGACGAGCGCCAUUCUGGUCCCUGUUUUCGGCGAGAUUUGGUCCCGCAGCCCCACUUGCUUGGUACAUUUGGGUAGCUUCCUAAAACAAUUCUAGUUAGCAUAUCUAACUUUGCCACUCGAUGGAAGGGAAAGAGAGCGCAAGCAGAGCUCGAAGCACGCGCAGGGAAGCGCGCGUGAACCGAUGCUUUGGUAACUGAAGGUGGCGUGCGCACACCCCCCGCGACACAGCCACUCUCUGGAUUAGGUGGAUAAGAGGGGCGCAAUCACAACUGCGAGACCAUAGAGGGAACUGCGUGUUAACUGGCAUUGCAUGGCCACUAGUAGAACCUACGGAGUUCCACUACGUCCGACCAAUGCCAUCAUCAAAUUUACCUAGCUACUUGCUGGAUUAAGAUAACAAGGAGGGCGCCCGCAGAUCUCGAAGCCCGUACAGGGAAGCGUGUGUGUAACUGAGGAUGGCAUAUAAGCACUCCCCCGAGGCACAGAAACUCGCUGGAUUAAAAUAGCACGGAAGGCGCAAACAUGUGGUGUAUGUAAAGUCAGCGCAAUGGCAGCAAUUAAAUUUUUUGACGUGGUUGACCAUAUGGUAUCAAUCAGGUGGGGCUGCAGGACCAAACCACGCUUUGUUUUCCUUUGUGAUCUGUCUUGGCUGGUUCAUGGAAGGUGGAACAGAGAGCGAGGCCAACUCCAGAGGAUCCGUUCUCACGAUGCAUCAACGCACUCCCCAUUAGAAUAAGUCCAACCUGUGACGACGCGCCGAGAGUCCUGACUUCAAGGGCUGCCAGCUGACGGAAUAACUGGACCCUUUGAUCUCUGAGCCAGCUCGAAAUGCCCUUCUUGCUCAUGUGAGGUCCCGGGGCACAUGUGUGGCACGCGUAGACUGGCCGUUUAAAUUCUGCUCCUAUAUCUGCUGGCUGGGUUUCACUUCUCACCGCCUGUAGAUUGAUUCUGAUUGUGACAAAUGGAAACACGAUGACUGUCUUGUUCACAAACAAAUGCUUGAAAACUGACAUCAAUGCUUUAUCAUGUAGCUUGGGGCAGAUGUUUUGGUAAGAUGUGGUUAUGCAGCCGCACCUCAUGGACACAAUACUGUUAUGGCAACUAUUUCUUAACCACUCGAAAUACAACCGCGCAUUCCCAAUAGCUUUUUUGCAUACAUUUACCUGCCUGGAGCGUCUGCAAGACACAUUUAAUGCCCUCGUGAUCGGACUGCCUUCUCAUUCGCCUUCUCCCUCCCGCAAAUUGGACGUCUGUUCGAGUGAUUAUCGCCCUGAAUGUUCUUCAGAGGUAUUUCGCAACUAGCCACCGCAAGCUAAUCACCAGCUCUACUGAUACGUGUGUGUUGACAUUGGGCGCGUGUUUGGGAAGUACCCCUAGACCUUAGGUGUAAUAAUAAUAUUGUACAUUUUUGAACAAAUUAUGCCUUGCUUAUGCCACCCAUCUCUUCAAUAAACGUCUUCUCUGUCAUUUUGUAUAUACUCAGGCGUAUAGGCAUGAAUUCAUAUGCCGGAAAAGAACUGCCUUUGUGCAGAUUUGUUCUGGAUGCUUGGACAUCCAACCAGCUCAUUUCUAGUUGUCCUUUGUGAACUAUGGUCUCUGUCCCCCUCCCACCCUUUCUCUUGUCCUCCCUCCCGCCUUUUCCCGUCGUAUUCAACGCUCUGGGCGGGUUUAUUUCCUUGUGCACCACCGUCACGCGCUAAGUGCCCCCCCGUCCACUGCCUGCGGGAUUUUCACUUUUUGUGGAAUAAUUUCCGUUGCGCCACUUACUCACCGGACUGGCUAUCUUUUCUUCGCCCCUUCCCCCCCCCCACAGCUGCUCGCCUAAUGCACCGACAUGGCGCCCAGGCCUGUACCGACGUCACGGGGUUCGGUCUCCUCGGUCAUGCACGAAACCUGGCUGCCGUGCAGAACGCUUCCGUCCUCUUUGAGCUCACCUGUUUGCCUUGUCUGGCUGGCGUACGCCACCUCUCGCACGGCCUCGCUGAACGCCAUCACCUGGACACCGGUCUGACGCCAGAGACCUCCGGUCAGUUCCCGCCUUGAAAUCCGCCCUGUCAAGUUACUAACUAGAAGUUUUUGUGUGUUGUUUGUUUGACUGCUUCACGCAUGAAACUGUUCACGCAUUUCUAGGCGGUUUGCUGGUUGUCCUCCCGUCAAAGUCUGCCGAGGCCUAUUGUCAGGACCUCCUCGAAGCGGACGGCACUCCCGCCUGGAUCGUCGGUAGGGUACUUCCGGCAUCAGACCCCUCGGAGGCCCGGACUGCAAGGCUCUCACCAGAUCUCACCUUCCUCGAGGUCCCUCACGCCAGCAUGAUUUUGAAGUAG